AUAAAAGAAUUAGAUAACUAAAAAGUAUAAAAAAUGCAGUUGUGAAAUCCUCAUUGCAUUAACAUUGCACGAACUGUCAUUAUUUAAAUUCACAAUUGCAUACACACAGCUUUUAUAUAUAUUAUGUGUUAGGCAUACAUAUUCACGUCUGCGUAUUGGCGAAGAGGAGCUAGAGUGCGAGAAUGAGUGAGAGCUGCGAGGGAGUCGGUAUAUUUAUUCCGUUGGAGCAGUCGACACUGGAGUUUGGCGCUAGUCGGACGUGUUAUUUUGAGCUUGCCACGUGUAUAACACGUAAAGGGAAACCCCAUUUCAGGAACGUCCACGAUAAGAUAAAAGUUCACCACAUCAAAUGCUUUUAUAUGAUAAUAAACCUGCUACAUCUACGCCCGAUCUUGGCGUCUAUCUGACUGAUGAUUAACACUUACGAUGUUGAUAAGGAUCUGUAUACUGUGACAGGAUAUCUUCCAAGAUGAGGUAAAUGGAGAACUUGCGAGUGUCAGUCGCAUCUUUUUACACCAGAGAUGGACCGGGUUCGACUGUUGCCUAUGCAAUUACCACCUGCAUCCAGCUUGAACAAUGGCAAUGCAAGUCCAAAAGGAAGGGUUUCUUUUGUGAAGAGGCUAGCACUAGGUUUUAUCAUUUUGGCAGGGCUUGGGUUAUUGUACGUGCCAGCUUAUCAUUCUGCACAAGGACAGUUUACUGGUUUAGGUGAGACUCCGUCCCCAGUUGGAUCUGUGGGAAGUACACACUUCAUUGCCUCUGUAGCUCAACUACGAGGCUGGAGUUACAAUACAUCUCGAGAUGUAUGUACUUACAUCCACCCUGAAAACACAACAACUAUUCUAAAUCCUAGAAACAUCUGCAGUGAAUCACUGUACCUACUCAUCGUUGUUUGUUCAGCUGUUGAUAAUACAAAUGCUCGUGUUGCUAUUAGAAAUACUUGGGGAAAUCAAACAAACUUGGAUAUGCAAUUUGAUUCACCUGUCAGAAUUGCUUUUCUCUUAGGACAAAGUGAUAACGACACUCUAAAUGGAUACGUUAUAGAUGAAAACCAUUUGUACAACGACAUAAUACAAGAAAACUUCCAUGAUACAUACAAUAAUUUAACGUUGAAAUCGGCUAUGCUGUUAAAAUGGGUCACAACUAACUGCGAUAAACUUACUUAUCUUAUGAAAACUGACGACGAUAUGUUUGUAAAUGUGCCAGCUCUCAUGAAAGCUUUAAAAAGCCGACCAAAAAAGACCGAAACGUUAAUCGGUUCACUUAUUUGUAAUGCAAGACCUAUAACGGAUCCAAAGAACAAGUGGUACACACCUAGGUAUAUGUAUGCGGAACGCACUUAUCCCAAUUACUUGUCGGGUACGGGUUACGUGAUGAGCUUCGACGUAGCAGAACGCUUGUACAAAGCCGCUCUGUCGACGCCUUUGCUUCACCUUGAGGAUGUCUAUAUUACGGGAGUGUGUGCCAAGCGAGCAGGACUUAAGCCAUUAAACCACUAUGGUUUCAGCUACAUUCAACGAAAGCUGGAGAAUUGUGCUAUUCGUGAGGCCAUUACCAUGCACAGAGUGAAUUCUUCGAGUAUGUAUAUGAUCUGGGGUAAGCUGAACGAGCCUAUUAUUGGCUGUGUCAACCGAUCGAACUCUGAGAAAAAAACCGCCACGGUUAGUAGACUCGGUAGGCACAUUGGCUACUUCCUGCUUAAGAACCGGAUCCUUAGCAAUAGAUGCAUCUAGUGAAAAAGAGCUUGAUUGCAGCUACUCGCCAGAUACCGAGCUUACUGUUCAAUCGAAAGUCUUCGAGUUACUUUUCAAAUAUCCUAUCUAUUCGCUUCCUUACUCAAGUACGGCACAAUUCAGCUUAUAAACAUUCUUUGAUGCGAUUUAUUCUGUUUUUUUAAAUCGAUAUAAUUAAUAGAUUUUGAAGACUUUAUUCCUUUAAAUAAUUUAACGAUAAGAUUUAUUACUUUUAAUUAGUAUUUUUAACAUUCUCAAGUGCAACUCCCGUUUGCGUGUUCAUUUUUUAUAGAAUAUCAUGUUUACUUAAGUACGUUUGCCCAUGUUCUAAUUUUCAUUAGAGCAUGUCCAAAUAUUCGUAAUUGUUAACGGCGCAAAGAUGAACCAUUUCGCGUAUCGAAUUUUGCGUUUAGUAUAAGAUAAAAAAAAUGUUGUUAUGAAGUAUUGUUCCUAAAUGAAUAUUUUUAAUUCAUCGAAUAACUGUGUGGAAUUUUCGAUGGUGCUCGUUACAAAUAUGAAAAGUAAGUGUUAGAUGAAUUGAAUUUCAUGAAAAUGCAACGAAUAAAAACAGAAUAAAUGAUUGUGUACGAUGAGUGAGUUUGUUGUUAUAGCAUAACUUGAAACAAAGGUAGGGUUGUGAAUAGUCGAUUGUUUACUUACAAAGAAAAAUCGUUGACAUUUCGGAUAAUAUAAAUCCGUGUAUGAGUGAAUGGAAUCUUUAUUGACUGAAUUAGAAACGUGAAUAACGUCAAUUAGGUCUUUUAUCAUUGAAACGUAUAAUUAAUUCAUUUUGCAUUCUCGAAAAACGGGUUUAUUACUUUUGAGGAACUCUUCUGCUCUAAUGCCAUAUAUUCAGUAUAGCUGACUUAUAGAAAAUAAUAAUGCGUUGCGAUCAAAGAAUAUUAUUUGUAUGAAACGCGAACAAACGUAAAUAUUUUGUUCAAUCCAUCCGUCAGAAGUAAACACGUAAAAGUGAAUUUAAGAUCUCUUUACUAGUAUAUAUAGCACAUCGAGUUAUGUCCUUCGUUUCAUUUUGAGUAUGUAUUAUAACGCAAAAUAAAUGUAUACGAUUCAAUAAUUUGGUUUGUAUUAUACAAUUAUUGUAUUGAUUCAAUUGCAGCUUGUUCAAUCAAACCCAUUAUUUAAAAAUAAUUGUUAAGAAUUAAUUUUUUUAUAACACAGUAUUAAUCUGUCAGUUUGGCUAAAUAAUUGAAACCGAACGUUUAUGAUAAAGAGUGUCUUUUUAAAAAUGAUUUAAAAAUAAUCGGCUUAGUCAAACGAGCUACAGUUGAAUUAAUGCAAUUGUAUACUACCAAUUUAUUGAAUCAGAUGUUUUUUUCCGCGUUAUAAUUUUUAUACCGUAGUGUGCUAUAUAUACAUAUAAAGGAAUCUUAACCCGUGAUAUUGUUUUAUAACAGUAGUAGAUAUCUCUGUAACAAAUGCAUGAGUUAGUAGGUUCGUUUCGUACAGACAAAUACUUUUUUCUUAAAAAGUAAGAUAUUACCCGAAGUCAUAUCUUUUUACAGAAAAAUUAAUGAACAAUUAAUUAACAUAAAAUAUUUUACGCGACGUUAUAGUACAUUUGCACAUUUUUUAAUAAUGGACAGAUUCUCAAACAUAUUAUUCUUUCAAAUAUUUAUUUAUGCCUGUAGAAAUAUUUUAUGUAGAAUAAUUUGGAUCAAUUAUUUUACAAAAUAAUUCCAAUUAAUCCAAGAGUUUUCUAUAGAAAGUUUAUAUGUUCAAUAGUAUCUCCUUUUCUAAUGAAUACUGUUACAUAUUUUCUAUUCUGUUAGGAGUGAAUUAUAAAUAAAAUUUAAAAAUUCGUGUAGAACCAUAUCGUCUAGAUCAGUAUCUACAAAAUGGACCGGCGGUUUAUGAGUAAUAUAAUAUGUUUUAUUCUCAAGAAAAUUUUAAGCGACUAAUGAUAAUAUAAUCAAGACACAGCGCAAUUAAAAUUAAAGAUUUUCUUGAAGAAUUAUUACAAUGGAAUAAUAUCGAAACAAAAAAUAUCAAAUGUGAUAAAUUAGAAUUAUGAAAUAGCUAAAGGGAAAAAUCCAAGAUGAAAAGUUGAAAUUCCGUGAUUCAAAAUUAGGAUUUAUCAUAUUCUUGGUAUAUUCCGUUUCAAAUUGCAUAUUCCGGUAUUAUUUCUCUUCUCAUUGUUUUUAGAAAAUUCCGCAUUCGGUAAUUUUGACUACGCUGCUUAAGACAGCGCAAACAUUAAUUUUGUGAUCAUACCUUUUAAUCAAAAUAUUUUUAUUGAGUGAUAGUAAGCUAAUAUUUUUAUAAUAUGAAUAAUAAUGAAAUCGUUACAUUAAUCAGUUAUUAUAUACGUAUUUAUAAUUGGUUAAUAGUCAAUUGCUAAAAAUUAUAAUAUAGCAUAACCAAAAUGAAUUGACUCUUUAUAACAAAUGUUUGAUUAACUAUUUGAGUAAUAUAGUAAAACCUACGUGAAAUUACCUUAAUGAUUUGAAAUUUUUCAAUUUAAAACCGUGAUAUUUCAAAGAAAUUUUUUGAUUCAUGUGUGACGUCAUGACAACGAAACAACUUCAGAUACGUGAGGCUUAUCGCAGUAUCCGAGUUUUUUGCUUUGCCAGCAAUGUGAUAUCUUGGUUGAUGAUUAUCAUUGAAAAUUACGGUCGGGCGAGUGUCAUUUUCACUAUACUUUUGUUUUUGAAUUCCAUCCGAUAGGAGUAAUUUACAGAAGUAUCCCCAAGUCCAACCAAUACCCAGUAACCAGUACCCGAUUAACGGGGUUCAGGAUGGACUAUAAACUGAAGAGUGAAAGAGAGAGUUAUUUUAAGUUUUCUGUUUUUACUUUUUUUAUUCUUGUUAUUUUUUGCGAGACAGUAAUCCAUUUUUGUGUUUCAUCCUUUGAAGCUCGGCUGCUUGACUCAGCUCCUUAUUUAGCUUGACUACAUCUUGAUUGCUUGACUGCUUCCUUACUGGUUGUUUAUGACUGCUUUUUAGUUUCUUGUGACUUGAACUUCAAUUUGGAACUGUUUAACUUGAAUUCAAACUUGAACUGCCUGCGAGGCGUUGCGUGGGCCUUUUUAUAUUCGGAGAGGGCGGUUGGCUGGACAUAUAACGUUGAUUUUAAUACAAUUAAAACUUCAUUAAGUCACAUAUGUUAAACAGAAUAGUAGAAAUCUUCAUUAUACAUAUGAAUUUUAACUUUAAUUUUUUUUGUCUGAAAAGAUAAUUAGUAAAUGAUUAUUUGUUUUAAAAGUAAUGUGUAAAGCUUGCAAGCUCGUAAAAUGUAUGAUAAAAUUAUUUUUAUAUUAUCGAUAUUCUUAUUUUUUAUUUAAAUAAUAGUAUUUUCAAUUGUUUGACAAUAAUUUUGUUUUUAUAAUGGUUAAAUUUCUAUACAGAGCGAGAGUGUUGUAUAGAGAUACACAGGCCCAAAUCAAUGGUCAUCAGUUUUUUCUACACAGAAAUUAUACUAUUUUUGCUCUACAAAUAUUUCUCGACUAGAAAACUCUAAGAAAAUUGACUUUUGCCAUGACAGUCAACUGCGCUCUUUCACAAACAAGCAAAGGUUCUUAUUGAGGAAAGAAAAGGUCAUAACCCACCGUCACACAUGAGACACAUAUAUUUUUACCUUGAUAAUUCAAAAUUGUCUCGAACAGUUAAUUUCGAGCACAUGCUACGCAACACUUGGUAUAAUCUGUUUACAAAUAUAAGGUUUUGAAUCAGUAUGAACAAGAUGAAGUGUUUGACUUCUUACAGACUUUGAAAAAUGUUAAUUAUGACUGAAACUAGACUCAAUUGCAAACAACGAAAAAUUAUUUCAUUUAUAUUGAUAAAUAAAUGUUGAUCUUGACGAUCUUGAUAAUUUACAAAUUUUUCAAUUUUUCAUAAUAUUUACUUCGAUAAUUCAAAUUUAAAGCCCAGAUUCUUGACUUUUGAAUUAUCAAGGUUUUGGUGUAUUUUAAUCAAUUAAUUUCUGAAUAGUUUUUAUACGAAUCGAAAUAUUCCGAUAACAAAUAAAUCUUUUUCAAAAGAAAUUAUAAAAAUGGCUGCAUUAUUUCUUUUCAAUGUUAGGAGUAAUUAUAUAAUGCAGCUCGUAAACUGUUAUAAUUAUAAUAAUAUGUGCUGUGUUAGUGACUCAUACAUAAAUGUUGAUCUUGUGAUGAUUUUGCUCAGCAUAACGUAAUAGCAUUCACAUAUAUUUACAAUUUAAGUAGUUGGAUUAUAAUAAUUUCCAAAGAAAGUGCAUUUCAGAUGCUUCCAAUUCCAAUGCUCCGGGUACAGUAUGUUUUGCUAUUUUUAAGAUUUUCCGUGUCAAUUUUACCGAUACUAUAAAAUCUGUGCAAUUACACAACUUUUAAUUACGGCGAUAUCUUUAAUUGUGAAUGAAAUAUAACAUACUUUUUCAUAUAGGGUAUGACUGAAAAGUGUAUAUACAAUAAAUGAUACAAAUUGCGGUUUAAUAGUUUUUUAUGAUGAUUCUACAAAUAUUUAUACGUAAAAAUAUUAUAUUGUAGAUAGACGAUUUCGUAGAUAGGAAUAAAUUUGUUACAAUUUAUCUGUUUUUUUUCAAAUUUAGGCAUUUUGAAAGUGCGGUAUGGCUGAAUUCGAACUCGAAAAUUAAUCACGCAACGGUAAGAACCGUAAAACAUAAAUUAUGAUUAGAUAUGUACUUUGCAGAGUAAAAAUGCUUGAAAAUAAAAUAAAUUCAAUGUAUUCGAAAUAGUCAUCAGUCCUUCUGACUUGCUAUGAAAGUUGACAUUUUAAUAUUCAUGACAGAGUAAUAAUUGUGCGUGCUUAUUGUAAAAGUUUUGAAUCGACUUUUGCAGAUGUGUAAAAACUUUACGAAUAACAUGCAUCAUAGUUUUCUGAAAAAGUAUAUCAGUUUGAAUUACAUUUUUAUAUUUAUAAAAAAAUUCUUAUGAAUUCGAUUAUAUAAAUCAUCAAUUGCUUACUUAAAUUCAAGAUUGAAUUGAUAAUAUCAAAGAGCAAACUCUUUCCUCCGUCAGCAAAAAAAAAUCAUUAAUUAGCCGUACCUCAUGUACUUAUUUCCCUCUGCUUCCGUCGAAAUAAUCAAGUUUCUCAAAUACAUUUAGUUUUUAGUUAGAAGAAAAUGCAACUAAAUAUGCGCAAUGAAUAAUACGUUACGUUAAAAUUUUCAUUUAUAAGUCUUUAAAAAAAUGAAAAUUUAUUAAAAUUGUUUAAUUUGUUAUUUUUUAUUUGUAAAGUAGAUUACAUUUGAAACUAAUAAUUGAUAGUUAAAUGCGUCAUAGGGGGCCUUAGAAACUACAUUGUACUCUAACCGACACGUCUUUUACGUGUAUAACGUAUCACAUAAUAAAUACAUAAAUAUAUUCUUGCGUGAAAUGUGAACGAUUAAAUUUCCGUUGUAGUGAAAAUUUCGAUGCUAAAAUAUUUUAUUGGAAAUAAUACAAGUUAUUAUGAUUUGUACAUAAAUUUGUCAAAUUUAACUAUUGAACUUAAUCCAGCUUAUUAAAUGAUAAACUUAAAGUAAAGAAUCAUAUUUUACAAUCAAUUUUGCGAAAAGUAUCAUAUUUUGUAGAUAUUUUGUCUAAAUAUUAUGCUGUUUUAAAAUAAACUCGUACCUAUAUAAAAUAUUUAAUAAAGUUUUGAUGACUAUUCAUAAUUGUUAUAUAUAGAUAUAUUCAGUGGACUGGAAUCUGUAUGCAAAUUGAAAAAUAAGGAGUUUAAUCCGCUCCUCAAAGAACAUACAUGAAAAUCGACAUUUAUCCUGAACAAUAUAAAUAAUUACUUUAAAAAUAUAAUUAUUCUCAUUCUAUCAAGUCAGUUGAAUAAUUAUCUUUAUGUUAAGUUGAAAAUUAUUUAUACACAUAUGCACUUUGUACAGUGUCCGAUAAAAUGGUUGUAUUUAUUUAAGAGAAUAGAUUUUUUUAAAUCAAAUUUUAUUUGUAUGUAUGUUUUUUAUUUAUGAACAAUAAAAACUGUG